AUGGGUGGCAACGAAAUCAUUGAAGAAGUGACACCUAUGGGCGGCGGCAAUAUAGUUGUUGGUGGCCAAGGCGGCAGCAUUGACGGCAUAUUAACAUCUGUGGGCGGCAAAAUUAUAGAGGUAGGCGAGGGUAUUUAA